AAGAAGGCAACCUGAGAACACAUAAGAAUGGAUACCAAGAAAAUGGAUUUUAAUUUUGGGUUUUUAGGGUUCUUGUUACUUGAUGGCCUGCUUCUUUCCAUGGCUCAGCGUCCCAACACCCACCGUCAUGAUUUUGUGCUAAAAGAAGCCAAUUUUACAAAGAUGUGUAGCACAAAAAGCAUGUUAACUGUAAAUGGAAGUUUCCCAGGGCCAACGAUUGUGGCUCGUAAAGGGGAUACUAUGUUCAUUAAUGUCAUCAACCAAGGGAUAUAUGGUGUCACCAUUCACUGGCAUGGAGUGAAGCAGCCAAGGAAUCCAUGGUCAGAUGGCCCUGAGAACAUAACACAGUGUCCGAUUGGACCUGGAACCAACUUCACUUAUCAGGUGAUAUUAUCAACAGAGGAAGGAACCCUUUGGUGGCAUGCCCACAGUGACUGGACUCGAGCCACUGUCCACGGUGCCAUUAUCAUUUUACCAGCUGUUGGAAAAACUUAUCCAUUUCCAAAGCCUUAUAUGGAACAGACAAUCGUACUUGCCUCAUGGUUCAAGGAAGACGUGAUGGCGAUGAUUACUUAUUCAAUCGCAACUGGAACCACUCCAGCUUUGGCUGAUGGGUACACUAUCAACGGCGAACCAGGGGACUUGUAUGAAUGCUCCAAUGAGACAACAUAUCGGUUAUCAGUUGAAUACGGCAAAACUUAUCUUCUUCGCAUUGUGAACGCUGUGAUGAAUUUCCAACAAUUUUUCGGAAUCGCAAGACACAACCUCACAGUUGUUGCGCAAGAUGCAGCUUACAUAAAACCAAUAAACACCAGUUACAUAAUGAUCAGUCCUGGCCAAACAAUGGAUGUCUUGUUCACGGCUAACCAAAAUCUUAGCCAUUACUACAUGGCUUCUACUCCUUACAGUGAUAGUGUUGUUGCAUUUCCCAACUCCACCACCACAGCAAUUGUUCAAUAUAAAGGCAAUUAUACCGCCCCUUCAUCUCCUUUCUUCCCAACUCUUCCUGCCUAUAAUGACAUAAAUGCUGCUCAAAACUUCACCAAGGCUAUAAAGAGUUUAGCAAAAAGAGAUUAUCCGAUCCAUGUCCCUCAAAGACUCGAUGAGCGACUCUCCAUUACAGUUUCUUUAAACCAAUUGUUGUGCCCUAACAGCUCUUGUGAUACCACAACUGGAAAUAGGAUAGCUGCAAGCUUAAAUAACGUUAGUUUUGAUACUCCUCAGAUCGAUAUUCUGCAAGCAUACUACAGGCACUUGAAAGGCGUAUAUGAUAAAGAUUUCCCAAGUGAGCCGCCGUACUAUUACAACUUCACGGGAGAUGUGUCCAACAUAUCAGUGUUCACAGCCCAAGGGACAAAGGCCAGGAUGAUAAAUUAUGGAGAAACAGUUGAAAUCGUGUUCCAAAACACUAAUUUGGGGGCUGCAUCAAGUCAUCCAAUGCAUUUACAUGGUUUCAGCUUCUAUCUGGUUGGAACAGGUUCAGGAAAUUUCAACAAUAUGACUGAUCCACUCUCUUAUAAUUUGGUUGAUCCACCUGAAGUUAAUACCAUCAGUCUUCCCAAAAACGGAUGGGCCGCAAUUCGAUUUGUCGCCAACAAUCCUGGAGUGUGGUACAUGCAUUGCCAUUUGGAGAGGCACGCAACCUGGGGCAUGGACACAGUUCUCAUUGUGAAGGAGGGGCCUAACAAGAAUGCAAAAAUGAUACCACCUCCCCCUUACAUGCCUCCUUGCUCUUAGUUAUAAUUAUGGACUUCAUUAUAUCAAAAGAUUUGAGUAAAAUCUUUUAGCAGAUUUUAAAAAUAAAAGGGAAUGUGAUUUAGCAAACAAUAAGACAGAUAUAAAUCAUAUUUUGUGAUAAACAACUUGAAUUUUUAUAAUGUUGACGGCUGUUUAUGUA